UAAUUAAAGCAUAGAAACAAAACAAAAAAAAAAAAACUUAACCAGAGUUAUUAAAUUUAAAAUAUAAAAACCAAAGAUACCCAAAAGCUUGAAUUUAUGUGAUAACGAACAGCACAAAUGCUUUAAAUAAACAAUUUUUUGUAGAUGCUUUUGGUUUUUCAAGAGCACAUAUGAUUACUUAAGGAUAUUUCAAGGCUAAAGCAGAUGAUUUCAAGCUAACAAUAACAACAAUUAUAUGCACAUAUAUCUGCACGCAGAAUAAAAGCUCAUUUCAUAUCCUGCACUUUCGUUUCCCUCACCGUAAACGCGUAUGUGUUGAUUAAAACUCAAUGCCAUCUCAAAGUUUUUUCUCUAUAAAAAAAAAAAAAUAAAUAAAUAAAUAAUAUAUAACUAAAAAGGAUCUUAAAUACUAAAUAGCGAGCGAAAAAAAAAACGAACUUUUUCGUUUCUAUUAAACAAAACAUAGAACAAUUUUUUCAAAUUUAUUCGAUAACAACAUGAGUUCGACUAUGCCUACCAUCGACCAAAUCAAAUUGGGUUUAAAAAUGGUUGAUUUCAAGGUACAGCAACGACGUUAUCGUACCAGUGAAAAAAUCAUUGUCGGCACGACUUAUGGACCGAUCAAGGGUGUGAAGCGUAAAACAAUUUACGGUGAUUCGUACUACAGUUUCGAAGGUAUACCGUUUGCUAAACCACCUUUGGGAGACUUACGCUACAAGGCUCCUUUGCCGCCGGAUACAUGGACGGAAGUACGAAGUUGUACUUCGGUUGGACCGAAACCUUUGCAAAAGCAUUUUGUUUUUCAAAUGACUGAAGGUUCUGAAGAUUGCUUAUAUCUUAAUGUUUACACCAAAAAUCUGGAACCACAUAAACCUCUACCGGUUAUGGUUUGGAUUUAUGGCGGAGGUUUUCAAUUUGGUGAAGCUACUCGAGAUCUGUACAGUCCCGAUUAUCUGUUACGCGAAGAGGUCGUCGUUGUAUCGAUUACCUAUCGCGUGGGGCCAUUCGGUUUCCUUAGCCUUCAAGAUCACGACAUAGAAGUGCCCGGUAAUGCUGGUCUUAAAGAUCAAGUUAUGGCUUUACGUUGGAUUAAAGCGAAUUGUUCAAGAUUUGGUGGUGAUUCGGAAAAUAUUACAUUAUUUGGGGAUAGCGCUGGUGCUGCUUCCGUUCAUUAUAUGAUGUUAACUGAACAGACUCGCAAUCUCUUCCACAAAGCUAUUUGUAUGUCAGGUUGCGCUUUGUCGCCUUGGGCUGUUACGCCUCAGCGUAAUUGGCCUUAUCGUUUAGCCAAAGCAGCCGGUUAUACCGGAGAUAAUAAUGAACUUGCGGUAUUUGAAUUCCUAAAACAAGCCAAAGGAGCAGAGAUAGUUAAGGCCAAUGAAGAUCUCUGCACCGAUGAGGAGAAACGAGAACGCAUAGGGUUUUCCUUUGGACCCGUUAUAGAGCCUUACCUAACACAGCACUGCGUGGUGCCUCAGCCACCUACAGAAAUGAUGCGCACAGCUUGGGGUAACACAAUACCAAUGAUAAUAGGAGGAGUAUCUAAUGAGGGUUUACUACUAUACACUGAAACAAAAAACAACCCAAAAUUAUUAAAUGAAUUGGGUGAUUGUCGAUAUGUCGUGCCUUUGGAACUAAAUCUGGAUAGAGAUAGCGAAUUAUGUCAACAAUAUGGUUAUCAAUUAAAGACAACCUAUUACGGUGAUAAGGAAAGCAGUUUGGAAACUUUGGAUGAAUAUUUAUUGAUGGUAUCUCACGAGUAUUUUUGGUUUCCCAUCUAUCGUACAGUAUUAUCACGUUUGGAAUAUGCCAGUUCGGCACCCACUUAUCUAUAUCGUUUUGAUUUCGAUUCGAAGCAUUUUAAUCACUUACGUAUUAUUAGCUGUGGUAAAAAAGUUCGUGGCACCUGUCAUGGCGAUGAUCUUUCGUAUAUAUUUUACAAUUCCGUUGCACGUAAAUUGAAAAAGCACACUAAAGAAUAUAAAUGUAUCGAACGUUUAGUCGGUAUGUGGACACAAUUUGCUGCCUCCAGCAAUCCGAAUUAUGAGAAAGAUGAAAAUGAAUUAUGGCUGCCAGUGACAAUGGCUUCGUUAGAGAAAAAUCAACUGAAAUGUUUAAAUAUAGCCGACGACUUAAAAAUUAUAGAAGUUCCUGAUAUGGAUAAGUUAUUGGUAUGGGAAGGAUUUUACACAAGUAAUCAGUUGCUAUGAUUACAAAGGAUCAAAAGUAUACAAAUGUAAUUAGUAUAAGUGUGUAUCUAGCUAUCUGUGGUAGAGAUACCCUUAAAUUGAACAAAGUAAACUAUUUUAGGAAAUAACCCCGCCUGGAUUUUCACCUGAGAAAAAGGUUUAGUUUUUUGAACCCAACGUAAUUCGUUUAUUAGAUUGUGUUCUUUCUUUUUUAUGGACACCGUCCACGUAAGCAAAACAAAAAUACCAAAGAAAAUUAUAUUCGACUAUGGUCGAAUCUCCUAUGCCCACCAUCGUUAUCUUAACAUGAUAUCGAUAAAAUUUUAUUCUUCGAUCUGCAAAAAUUUCAUCUUUUCGCUUCUGAAAACCGAACUGUCUUCACCUUUUAAUUGAUGUCUUAAUUAUUGCCAUCAGGGGAAUAAUUAUCCACACAAACCUAUAAAGACUAGCAGACGGAAGGACAAACAUGUUCAGAUGAACUCAGCAUUUGACGCUGAUCAAGAAAAGCACGUCACUCAAUAAGCGCAAAGGAUGAAGCGUAGAUGUGGGAUGACUAUAGGCGAAGCUUCAUGCUUUUUACGUAGUACGAACCUUGAAUCAAGAAAUAGUACAACUUAUGCACCAAUGGUCAAGAAAUUUUGACUCACUUUAAAAAUUAGUGUACUAACUAAAUAUCAUAUAUAUUCGUUAAUAGUGACGUGUAUUUGUGAUCUUGCGAACUUAUUGAGUCAUGUGAGCUUCCUGAAUUACGCAGAUCCUUUAAAUAAAGCAUAAAGUUUACAUAAAUCUUGGGUGAGCGCAACCGACUCUUUUCAUUUCUUUACAGGAUCAUUUGUAAAAGCUUUUACAGUUUUAUCUGGUGUGGCAUACAAGUAAUGGGACACCUAUUCAGUUUACGUGUAACUGUAAACGCAUCUUACAAACGAUUUGAUCUAUUUUCGAUACCAACUUGCGUACAAGAGCUUCCAAUGUUUCUUUCGGAAUUGAAAACGAUAGCUUUAUUUUAUGGCCUCCAGAAUGUUUACCACAGUCACAACACCGACGGACGGACAUGGUUAAAUCGAUUCAGGAUUUGAUAUUGAUCAAGAAUACGUAUAUAUUUCAAGGGGUCCCUGAAGCAUUCUUCUGGAUGUUGUAGACGUUAUGACAAAAUAUUUAUAUAACUUUAUUUUUCGUAGAGCGGUGAGGGGUGUGAUGAGAAAGAAAAAAAAAAACAGACGAAUGGGGAUAUAAGAACUUUUGAUGUAUGGACUCAUUUCUUGAAAAUGUGCUCUUUAUCGGAAAAUUUCUCGGUUCUUCAAGAUUUGUCAAGAGUCUUCCUAUGACAUUCUAAAGCAGGGCAGAGAUAUUAUCAUGCGGCGAUUUGCGAAAGCAUCCGGCUUACCUGCAUGCUUAUCUGACCUGAAAAUUUUAGACUGUUUGAAAGUAAAAUAUCCGCUCAUUUCAUAUUUCAGAUUAUUUGAAUGCCUACCUGUUCUAAAGGCUUUGAAUAGUUUCCAGGUAACACUUGUUUGAGGCGAAUGAAGGUAAAGCUGCAAAAUUCCUUACAUUCGGAUUUUUUAAAAUGGUCGUUUGCAUAAAGAUUAAAUAGUCCUUUAUUUAUAGGUGGACUUUAUUAUAAUUGUAACAUUCAAGCAAUUACUUAUGCCUUAGCGAAAACCAGCUUAGUGAUAAGUACUUACCAUCAUAAGACUAACGCCUUUAUUAAGAAAAGUGUUCUAGAUAGUUUUCAGUGUAACAUCCGUUACGAAAGAGUGCAAAUUACUUUACUUAAUUACAGGUCUAAUGUUAGCUAGAUUUUGGUGAGUUUCCUCUUAAGGUUAAAACAUUUACUUGUCUAAGCUUACUAAGCUCAGUGAAAGAUUUACAUCGACUCUGUUUGUUUUCGUUGAAAAACAGUAAAAGGGCGUUUUAAUAGGCCGGGGCUCACCAUUAUAUAUAUACUCUACAUUACUUCGCUUAAUAUAGUUAUGCACAUAACGACUGUUUAAUAUAAACCUUUAUAUGAAGAGUGAUUGAAAAAGUCAUCCAACUCAACCCAUUUUCAAUAGAGCUUGUCUUCAGGUCAAAAUAUGGAAAAUUUCAUGAAAAUUUAUAAAAAAUUGCGGUCUGUAGAUUGAAUAAAAGGUUACAUAGAUAGGUGGGUAGACGGUCAAACGGACAAACAGACAAAUGAAGAAUCGAAAAUAAAAAUUAACGGACAAGCGUUCAAACAGAUAUUUGGGCAAAUGGACAGACGGACAAGAAGGCAGGAGAGGCAGACAGAUUAGCUUAGAUCGAUUAAAAAGAUGUUUUCGAAGCGAUUGGUAUCAUAUAACUAAAUACCCUUGUGACAUAAGUGUUGUAGGGUAUAAUAAUAUUGAUCACGGGAUAACAGCGAAUGUUUACAACUUAUUAUCAUUCUUUCUCUAUCACUUUCUGCUUUUCCUAGACUAUCUGUUACAGGCAUGGUUAAGUAUUCUUUCCUUCUUGUUCCAUUUAGAUUUAAGAUAAAAAAAAAAAAACAAAUUAAUUUAUAGAGUAAAUUAAAUGAACAUAACACCU